GCUCCUCUUCUCGCGCGCUGGUUAAAAAGAAGGAGGAAAGAGCACGAGAAAACAUGUGAGCGCUCUGAGGACUUUAGUGAGAGACAACUUUUAUUUUCUGAUGUUGUUUUGUCCCGUGCAUGAACAAACUGGGCUCAAAAGGAAUUACAACGUUGAAAGGAACGUCAGGCUCUUUUGACUUUUGUUUGUUUGUUUGUUUGUUUUCAUCAGGAUAUAUUGUAGGCUACUGUUUUAUUCUCUUUUUAUAUUUCUUAUUUUGCGAUUUUAGCCAUUAUAAUUUGAAGAAACCAUAGCCUUAUUUAUUUUUUUAAGCAUCUAUCCUCAUAACGUUAGAAUUAAAUUGAGAACACCUGCGUUUACAAACAAGAUAUUAGAGUAAAUUUUUUUCUUGAACGCCUUUUCCAGCUUGGAGAUAUUACAGCUCAAUAAAUACACAGACUGCGCUGCAGAUUAACAUCUCUCUUUUGAAAGGGUUUUUUUUAUCUUUAUUUAGCUGCUUUUUCUUUUCUUUUUCUUUUUUUCAACCUUUUUUUUUUUUUUUUUUUUUUUAAACUAUGAAGCAUUUACAAUUUGUGCUCGUCCUGGCCAUCGCUGUUAACGUGUGGGAAUGUGGGGACGCAAAGUUCGGCGAGAAAGGAGAAAUAAGCCCUAGGAGGAGAAGAUGUUAUGACGGAAGCUUGCCCAAGAGGCUGAAGAAAAGGGAGCGAAAAGUGUUGCUGGACGGCAGCAGCGGAGAAGUUUGCCACAUGUUGUACUCUCGUGUGUCCUGCUGUCCCACCAGGAGAGCCGCCUAUCAGAUCCUGCACCGCAGGGAUGCCAGGAUUUUCUCCACCAACAACACAGAAUGUGGACGUCUUCUGGAGGAGAUCAAGUGUGCUCGCUGCUCCCCCAACGCCCAGGUGUUGUUUCACUCCCUGGACACGGAUAGGGUGUCACACAUAGAGCCAGACCUGCCACGGCUCUGCCAGGACUUUUGCCGCAAGUUCUAUUACACCUGCAGGGGGCACAUACCAGAAUUGUUCCAAGCUGACGUAGAUGAGUUCUGCCAGUACUAUGGGAGGAGAGGGGCCAGCUUAUGUUUUCCGGAUUUUCAACGAAAACAACUUCUUGGGCAAGAUUCCAACUACUUGGAAGAAGAGAAAAUAGAAGAUUUAAGCAGGAGACACAAGCACAACUGCUACUGUGCUCAGGAGGUGUUGAGUGGUCUGAAGCAGCCGGUGGCUGUGGUGCACUGUGGCGAUGGCUCUCAGCGACUCUUUGUCCUGGAGAGGGAGGGGAUUGUCAGGAUACUCAACCAUAACCUUGAGCUAAUCAAGGAGCCCUUCUUGGACCUCCACAAGCUGGUGCAGAGCGGCCUGAAGGGUGGAGAUGAAAGGGGCCUACUAAGCCUGGCAUUCCACCCCAAUUACAAGAAGAAUGGAAAGCUCUACGUCUCCUACACCACCAACCAAGAGCGCUGGGCCAUUGGACCACACGACCACAUUCUCCGUGUGGUUGAAUACACCGUUUCAAGGAAAAACCCGAACCAAGUAGACACAAGGACAGUCCGUGUGUUAAUGGAAGUAGCAGAGCUGCACAGGAAACACCUAGGGGGUCAGCUUCUGUUCGGUCAUGAUGGUCUGUUGCACAUCAUUCUGGGAGAUGGCAUGAUUACUCUGGACGAUAUGGAGGAAAUGGAUGGACUCAGUGAUUUCACAGGGUCUGUCCUAAGGGUAGAUGUGGACACAGACUAUUGUACAUCGCCCUACUCCAUACCAAGGAACAAUCCUUACUUCAACAGCACUAAUCAGCCACCUGAAAUUUUUGCACAUGGAUUACAUGACCCGGGCAGGUGUGCUGUGGAUCGACUUCAGGCUGACAAUGGGAGUCUCGUAAUCCUCUGCACAGAUGCCAGUGGCAAAAACACAUCAGUAGGAAGAAUAUUGGAAAUUACUAAGGGGAAGGAUUAUGAACAUGAACCCUCAAUCUAUGACCUGCAAACCAGUGGAGGGGCACCACCUGUGGGGGGCUUCAUCUACAGGGGCUGCCAGUCUAGAAGACUAUAUGGCAGUUAUGUGUUUGGUGAUAAGAAUGGUAACCUGCGGAUCCUUCAGAAGUCUUCAUUUUCAACUUCAACAAGUGGUGAACAGUGGCAGGAAAAAGCUCUGUGUCUUGGCGCAGCCAGCUCCUGUGGCUCAAUUCUUGUUGGACAUAUCUUGGGCUUUGGAGAGGAUGAACUAGGUGAAGUUUACAUACUGGCAAGCAGUAAAACCCUGGCGCAGUCACACAGUGGGAAACUCUACAAGCUGGUAGACCCUAAAAGGCCUCAUGCCCCCAAGGAGUGCCAGCGUCAGGUGGAGCCACCAGAGCUGCUGAUGACAGCUUGUUCCAGGCACUGCAAGAACGGACACUGCACUCCUACUGGCAAGUGCUGCUGCAGUCCCGGCUGGGAGGGACCCUUCUGCCGAAUUGCUAAAUGUGAACCAGCCUGCCGCAAUGGAGGAGUGUGUAUCGAACCAAACAAGUGUCUGUGUAAGAGUGGCUACUCUGGUGCUCAGUGUGAGAAGAGUGAGCGGGGUAUGCCCAACGACCAGGAGAAAGACGGCAUACUCGACCACAUCAUUGAUAUGACCUCAUAUUUCUUAGACCUGACCAGCUACAUCGUAUAGGGGUGUGCAGGGGGGGGGUGCUCCCCACCGUCAUCCUCAUGUUGAGACAAAUCUACCUAUCACCACCGACAAACUCUUAAAAAGGUGUCUUUAAUAUGGCAUCCCAAUCCCCCUCACACCCACAUGAUAAUGUACAAACACACAAAUACCCAAAUACAUACAGGAUCCCUGUCAGACUGCUUUGGAUCCAUGUCGUCAUACCAAACUCUUCCUCAUCUCACCUAUAGGCUAUUUGCUUUUGAGCACCUAGCCUGGCAUCCAAGCUGUGUUCACUUUCAAAAAGACCUGCAGACAGUGAGUUGAUUGACAAGCAUGACAAAGUUAUGGAAGUUCAACCAAGACAUGAUCUCACCUGUCCGUGACUGACUCCACAGGAACACAAACUCCCCUGGAAGGGGCCAUUUAAACCCAAGACUGUCAGGCACUAUUUGCUGCCUCCCCCAAUAAAUGGUUGCAACCCCCAAACAUGGAGUUUGAGGUAUUUAAUGGAGACUGCUGAUUGUUCAGGAGCUCUUUCAGGAUUUAAAACUAUGAGAAGUGGCACAGCUGAAGAGGUAAUGUGUGCUCAUGGUCCAUUAAAAACAUGGCAACAUAAACGUCUGUGUACACAGACUGAAGAAACCGAGUCCCGGGUCAAAGAACCUGCAGUGCUUUGUACUGUACUAUUUUACAGCACUAAAAGAAAGGUCAUGUUGUCUCAUCUAUGUUGUUGUAUUUAGGUUCUGGGCAAAUUGUCGUACAAACUAAGGUAAUGUGCAGUCUGUAUACUUUGUUCCGCAACACUCACUUGCUCUCAGUGUAGUGAAUGAAUCAUCUGUUAAAAACAUGGAAAUAAGAACGACAACAUUUUCAAAGCCAGUUUCUGCUAUCCAAAUGGAGUUUUUGGCUUUCAUGCACUGUAUUCAUUUUUUGUUUCAUUGACUUUCUCAUUCAGAAUGAAUUUGAACACAUAUUAUAAGCGGAAGGAGAGUAGUUUCACAUUCACACACACACGGACACACACACACACACAACAUUAUCACAGGUAUAGUCGAACAAGCUCCUUUCAUUGUGUCACACACUGAAACCGAAACUCAAAUCUACAAAGGGAAGAGAAAGCGUGGUAAUGUAUAUUUCCAAUAGAGCUUACCUAAGUACUACUUAGCAUUGCGGAAAAAAAAAGAAAGGAAAAAAAAACUAUAGCAUUACUAUUGUUAUCAUAGAGGAGGGUUUAUUUUUUUAAGCGUAAUAAUAUAUGGGAGAAAAUGGUAUGUAUAGAAGACAGUUUUACACUAAGCUUGUCAGGUCAUAUGUCAUUUCAUGUUGUACUUAUACAUAUUGCAGCUUUUAUGGAAUACCCGUGGGGGCUUUUUUUUGUUUUAUUCUAUUUUAUUUUUUUCUCAAAAAGUAAUGCAUGUCUGUGCCUGCAUAGAGUAAUUCAGAGCAGUUGGCAGAGUCCAUCUAACUCUUUCCCCUGACAUAUGGUUUUAUUACCACUGUCAAAAAUGUCUCUUUGUUGUAACAUGAUCAAAGAUCCUGUUGGUCCUCCAAGUCACUGUAGAAUCAGCUCACAGUCAGAGGCAGAUCUUAUCCGUGGAAGGCGUUAUAGGAGUUAUAAAAGGAGUUAUAAAAAAAAAAAGGUGUCAAUAUUGAACCCUCAAAUGAGCAUCUGACUCAGACACAUUGUCAGAAGAUUGUCUGGAGCCACACUAGUUAGUGUGUGUGUGUGCGCGUGUGUAUGUGUCUGUAUACUUGUGCUUGUCUUUUCAGAUGCCAAAUUUACAUUCAUACAAAUAUAUGCAUGCAUGGCAUUAUUUUUUUAGUAAAUCACCUGAUUUGUCAUUUUAAAUGCCAUAAAACGAGUCUUGACAUGAUCAUCGGUUCAGUUUAAUAGUUUCGAAGGCAGAUACUUUCUCCCCCACAUUACUUUGAGAAGCAAGUUUCAAGUAUCAUGAUUAAUUGAAAGUUUAUCAUCCAUAAAUUGUGUUUGUCAUUCAUCUCCUGCUUUGUUUGUGUUUUGCUGAAAAAUAAAUCAAACUCUACCUGGUUUAAAAGAUAUCAAAAUGGAAUUCAUGCUGUAAAAUGGAAAAUCAGAAUUUUGUUUUUAGCACUUAAUGUGAAAGUUGCAUUGUAGCUGCUGAGACAGCGUGGUGUGAAUAGAAUAACCAUUUUCAUUAUUUAAGUAGUUACACAGAUAAAAUAAUUAUUUAAGUUCUCUAUGUUGUUUUUACUAUUGAACUGUAUUUGACUUUUUUUUUUAUUCCUGUAUUGUAAAUAAAACUAGGGAUAACUUUGUUUCUCUUCAAAAGUAUCAAUAUGUCUAUUAAAAUUUAUAGCAUGUCUGAAUUGCUCCUCUCAUUGUUUGGAUACUGGUAAUGUCUUUUUCUUUUUUUUAAACAGAAUAAGAACAAAUUUCCCUGAAGAAAUGUGAUGCAUAUUACAGUUACAAUAUACAGUUAGCAACAGCUAAAUCUAAUGCCAAGAAAAUGUAAAAUCAGUAUAAUUAUUGAAGGAAACU